AUGGAGAGAGCCGAUCUGUUACAGAAGAGCAGCGCCGUAGCGCUGGAAGAGGAGGUACUUGAAUUUUAUUUAUUUGCAAUUCCAAGAGUGCGUCGACAUCGAGAGCAUUCUCCUCCUGCUGCAGCUCCAAUCGUGGGAUUCGCAACCACGGGUUAAAAGGAUUUAUUUUUUUUAAAAGGUUUCGUUUUAAAAACUUGUUGUAAUAAAUGAGCCACGUUGGACGUGGUGCGGCGCGACGUAGAUGUUGCAAAUGAAGCCGGAGUUAUACAGUCGUGGUAGGCCGCUGCAACGUUGCAAACGCGCACAUCAAAAUUGCAAAUAUAACUUCCAAUAGUAAAUUUUUCCUACUCGACGUCAUGAUAUCUACCUCAGCAUGAGUAGCGUCAUCUGGAAUGACAGUGUUUUUGGUGACGUUUUGCAGGAGGAGCAUUUCUAGGUUGACGCACUCAACAUUCGGGUUCGGGAUUCAUCAACCACAAGUCUGUAUUAAUUAAACUGUAUAAAAAUUAGCAGGCGGAGAGCGGUGGGGCGCGUGCCAGACCCGGCGGAAGGCCGAGACCUGGAGCUACUACCGCAAACGGACCAACAGCAGCGGCGGCAGCUACCGCUUCGGAUAAUAAGCGAGACGGCGAAGAGGUCACACAACUGGGCGUCAAGAAGCAAAGAACCGAGAAUGGCAUGGUCAUCGGAGUGGACCAAGAGUUGGCCGACAUCGUAAUAUUUUACUGGAUUCUGAUUCAUUGUCUCAAUUAGAAAGAAUUUAGUGACUCUCUGGUUGUGUGAUAAUUUUCAGCCGUCCGCAGCAGUCCUACAGCGUCAGCGUCUUGUUGCUUUUCGUGGCUGCUCUUGCUCCUUCCUGAAUUAGUACCUGAACAAAGGGGAAAGAGUAUGGAGUAGGCGCGAUUAAAGAUCAUUUCUCAACAAAUUGUUCAGUUCGCGAGACUAAAGGGAAGCGAUGACAGAAAACGGAUGCUGAAGUCCUGGGCGCUGACAACCGUUUCAAAUUUUGAGAUGAAAGAUCUCAACUACUACCUCCAGUCAAUAAAGAAAGCGGUAGAGGAAGCAAAACGAACCAAAAUGGCGAAUCAGCAGAGCAAUGCCGCUGGUACUUUGGUUUGAAAGUGAUAAUUCCGAACGUGACACAGAUGAUGGUGCUCCUCAGUCGAAGAUAGUAUGCCAAAAAGCAACAUAGAAGUCAUGUGACUCGCUCGUCUUCUUGCCUGAAUCUCAUGCGCCGUCAUGUGGCGGAUUAUAAUGAUUUCCUUUCAUAUUCAUUGAUGAUGUUUCUCCCUUGCAUGCGCAGCCAGUGCUGUCCGAGAUUUUCGUCUUGGUAUUUUUCUUUCAGAUCAAGCUCAAGCAGGGGGCGAAGCCGGCCUAGCCGCCGCUCCCGAGGGAGGCGACAAGCCGGGUCUGACGGGGAGCUUCUACCCGCUCAACAACCUACAGCCAGAAGGUACGGAAAAGAAGGAACAGGACGAAAAGGUGUUCAAGCGAGCAAGAGCAGAAAAACGUAUCGACUGAUUAUUAUCAUCCUAGUGAUUCUCCAGUACGUUGUAUUACCUAUGGAGUGUGCUGCUUGUGGCUCGAUUUAUAUUUUCUUGUAUUUGCAGCUAGAUUAAUUUAUCAUUCGUGAGCGUGUGCUUCUAUACUACCACUACGACUACGAACACUCAAACAAUAUUCUCGUCGCACGCAUUGAUUUUGUGCUAUUGCCUGAUGUGCAGGCAAGCUUCGGGAAGAGGCGGCGAGGGUCAACAUGUAGUCGAGGGUACAGGAGAUAACCGGUUUACAAUAUCAACCCACAUUUCACAGGAUCACCGGACGAGGAGCAGCAGUAUCAGGAUCUGCUUCACAGUCUCUCGGAGGCACCGGUGAUAAAAAGCGGCGCCCUUGAUGAGAUAAGGUUCGAGGAGGUUCUGAACGAGGCAAUGAGAUUAGCAAAGAAACUCAAGGACUGGUUCCAAGUGUGGUCACACUGCAACAUCAAGACACCGGAAAACUGCGGUAAGGUGUUGUAGCUUUUUGUGGUGCUUGUCUAUGCUCGAUUGUGUUGCGGAUGGGUUCUUUAGGAUUCUCGGCGCCGAAGCCCAUCUCGAGCCAUGUUUUUUUAGCUUUUUAUAAAACCUAAAUUGACAUCAAACUAACGACACAAAAGAGUCAGCGCCGCUGUGGAAUAAUCUCACAGUCUCGUCUUUUGUGAAUCCUGAUGAAUAACAAAUCUAAAUAAACAGUGGAGGCGACGGUGUACCUUGCCAACAAGCUUUGUCUCGAGAAAGAAGAGGAAGAGGUUGCGGAUAUCCUUGGACACCUGAUGAAGGAAAAAGAAAUAAGUCCCAAGUGCUAUCUUCUGCAAAAGUAUCGUACUCGUACUACCAAUUGCAUUUCCAGCUUCAGUCUGGAGGUAUCAUGACCGGUCCUCUCUGCUUACCUGUUUACCUGAAUCUGCAUGUUGUUGUUGAGCUGGUGAGCUUGUGGUUGCUGCGUCCGAAGCUGCUUGUGGCUAGUACGGACACGGAGUCAUCAUACGGUGGCUACUUCUUUGUAGGAAAAGGUAAUUAAUAAAAAAACUAAAGUCGCAGGCCGAGGAGCUGCUGUCUGGUAAGAACAGAUGCUCUACUCUGUCGUGACAUCAAGUUUCAUGAUUUUCAUUCUUAAAAAGGAUGAAAAUGAAUCAUUUGCCAUGCAAUUGACGCUAGUAGAGCGCAACUUUUGCGAUGCAUACAGGCAUGGAGGAGGCAAUCGGAAAGUUUCAUGAGAAAACGUCCGGCAGGGAUAUCACACUAAUCCUCGCUCACUAUGCACUACAAAUUACCCGUACACGUAGAAAGUGUAGUCACGAACAAAAUGGAAAUGCACCAAACGAACGUUAUUGGGCGCACCACUUGCCAUGCUGGAUGUCGCUGAUGGACAUGGACUUGAAAAAUUGUUGAGUUUUGUCAUGCAGAUACCAUGUUUCUACUUCUACUGCUACGCGUACGGGGAAUUUCCUGUGGAUAGUUGCCUGCUGGUGUUCAUUUACCCAACGCAAAAGGGUGACUUUGGUUGGUCCCGCGUUGGCUGGGGUUUCGGCCAAUGGUGGCCUCAGUGCAAAAAGUACACAAAAAUCCUCCCCGAGCCGCUGGAGGCACUGAAAAUCGUGGUAAACAAGUUGCUCGAGUACAAGGCGGACUUCGGGCCCGAAAAACAGGAAAAGAUGCUCGUGCGCGCGGCUGAGCUUGCCGGCGGCCGCGCUGAGGCCUGCGACGCCCUUGGUAUAACGGGCGACGAUACCGUGAAGCCAAGCCCGUCACCGCUGUCCAACGAAGACUAACCUAGACUGCGACACUGGCGCCGCAAAAGAAGUUCCGCCGCGCCGAGCCUCUAGGAGAAGUGUUUCACAAGCACCACUGCCACAUGGCCACGAAUGUUAUGUAAACUUAGCACAGACGAGACGAGGCAGGUCGUGGACGACGAGCAAACGCGCAGCCAAAGCCGUAGCUGCCUUGUUUAUUUGCUGGCCUCGAUCGUGUGCUAUGCCAGGCUCCAGAGAGUCGUUCUGCUUUGGUGGUCGAAAUGUUCUCGCAAAGAAUAUAAGACGGCCGCUAGACGAUCAUCUCUGGAGGUGUCGAAUGGGCAAAGGAACCUGCCAGAGACAUAGGCGACACGACAGUUUUUACUUUGGAAGUCCUAUAAG